AUGUUGAAGCCUCAGCCGCCACAACAGACCUCCCAGCCCCAGCAGCCGCCCCCCACGCAACAGGCCGUGGCCCGCCGGCCUCCCGGGGGCACCAGCCCUCCCAACGGCGGCCUCCCGGGGCCCCUGGCCUCCACCUCGGCUCCCCCAGGGCCUCCCGCGGCCGCUACUCCCUGCUUGGGGCCUGCAGCAGCCGCCGGGAGCGGGCUCCGCCGGGGAGCCGAGGGCAUUUUGGCGCCGCAGCCGCCGCCGCCGCAGCAACAUCAGGAAAGGCCAGGGGCAGCGGCUAUCGGCAGCGCCAGGGGACAAAGCACAGGAAAGGGCCCCCCACAGUCACCGGUGUUCGAGGGUGUUUACAGCAAUUCCAGAAUGCUGCAUUUUCUUACAGCUGUUGUGGGCUCCACUUGUGAUGUGAAGGUGAAGAAUGGUACCACGUAUGAAGGUAUCUUCAAGACUCUGAGCUCAAAGUUUGAACUAGCCGUGGAUGCUGUACACCGGAAAGCAUCUGAGCCAGCAGGUGGUCCUUGUCGGGAAGACAUUGUGGAUACCAUGGUGUUUAAGCCAAGUGAUGUCAUGCUUGUCCACUUCCGAAAUGUUGACUUCAAUUAUGCUACUAAAGACAAGUUUACGGAUUCAGCCAUUGCCAUGAACUCAAAAGUGAAUGGGGAGCACAAAGAGAAGGUGCUUCAGCGCUGGGAAGGGGGUGACAGCAACAGUGAUGACUAUGACCUCGAGUCUGACAUGUCCAACGGAUGGGACCCCAAUGAAAUGUUCAAGUUCAACGAGGAGAACUAUGGUGUGAAGACCACCUAUGAUAGCAGUCUUUCUUCUUAUACGGUGCCCUUGGAGAAAGACAACUCGGAAGAGUUUCGUCAGCGGGAGCUGCGUGCGGCCCAAUUGGCUCGAGAGAUUGAAUCAAGCCCCCAGUACCGCCUGCGGAUCGCCAUGGAGAACGAUGAUGGGCGCACUGAGGAAGAGAAGCACAGUGCAGUCCAACGGCAGGGUUCAGGGCGGGAGAGCCCCAGCCUGGCAUCCAGGGAGGGAAAGUAUAUCCCUCUACCCCAACGAGUUCGGGAAGGUCCCCGGGGAGGAGUUCGAUGCAGUAGUUCCCGGGGUGGCCGCCCUGGCCUUAGCUCUUUGCCACCUCGUGGCCCUCACCAUCUUGACAAUAGCAGCCCCAGCCCAGGUUCUGAGACACGUGGUAUCAAUGGAGGCCCUUCCCGCAUGUCCCCUAAGGCACAGCGGCCUCUGAGAGGUGGUGCCAAGACUGUGUCUUCACCCAGCAGUAGGACCUCUGGAGAAGCUUCUGUUCCACCUCCUCCUGCAGGUAAAAUUUCAGCAGUGUUAUAUGAAGAAAUAAAAAUUUAUGGGGGAUUCCCUGGCCUUCAGAAUGAACAGAAACGCUUUCAACUGGAAGAAUUGAGAAAGUUUGGGGCCCAGUUUAAGCUGCAGUCCAGUAGCUCCCCUGAGACCAGCCUGGAUCCUUUUCCUCCCCGGAUCUUAAAGGAGGAGGCCAAAGGGAAAGAGAAGGAGGUUGAUGGUCUAUUGACUUCAGAGCCAAUGGGGUCCCCAGUCUCCUCCAAGACAGAGUCCGUAUCGGAUAAGGAGGACAAAGCACCCCUGCCGCCGGCAGGAGCCACCGAGGGGCCAGAGCAGCCCCCGCCACCUUGCCCAAGCCAGACUGGCAGCCCCCCGGUGGGCCUCAUCAAGGGAGACGAGAAGGAUGAGGGCCCUGUUGCUGAACAAGUGAAGAAGUCCACGCUGAACCCCAAUGCCAAGGAAUUUAAUCCCACAAAGCCUCUGCUGUCUGUGAAUAAAUCCACCAGUACCCCGACUUCUCCGGGGCCCCGGACUCACUCAACUCCUUCCAUCCCGGUGCUCACAGCAGGCCAGAGUGGGCUCUAUAGCCCCCAGUACAUUUCCUACAUACCUCAGAUCCACAUGGGACCAGCUGUUCAGGCACCUCAGAUGUAUCCAUAUCCUGUAUCCAAUUCCGUGCCUGGACAGCAGGGCAAGUACCGGGGAGCAAAAGGCUCCCUGCCCCCGCAGCGCUCGGACCAACACCAGCCAGCCUCAGCCCCUCCGAUGAUGCAGGCCGCCGCCGCCGCCGGCCCCCCUCUUGUGGCUGCCACACCGUACUCUUCCUACAUCCCCUACACCCCGCAGCAGUUCCCGGGCCAGCCUGCCAUGAUGCAGCCAAUGGCCCACUACCCCUCACAGCCGGUGUUCGCCCCCAUGCUUCAGAGCAACCCACGCAUGCUGACGUCGGGGAGCCAUCCCCAGGCCAUUGUGUCGUCCUCCACCCCUCAGUACCCUUCUGCAGAGCAGCCCACCCCCCAAGCCCUGUAUGCCACCGUUCACCAGUCCUAUCCACACCAUGCUACGCAGCUCCAUGCCCACCAGCCGCAGCCGGCCACCACGCCUACUGGGAGCCAGCCGCAGUCCCAGCAUGCGGCCCCCAGUCCCGUCCAGCACCAGGCGGGGCAGGCCCCACACCUGGGCAGUGGACAGCCACAGCAGAAUCUGUACCACCCAGGGGCCCUGACAGGCACACCGCCUUCUCUGCCACCGGGACCUUCUGCCCAGUCCCCUCAGAGCAGCUUCCCCCAGCCAGCCGCUGUGUAUGCCAUCCAUGCCCACCAGCAGCUGCCCCACGGCUUCACCAACAUGGCCCAUGUUACCCAGGCCCAUGUCCAAACUGGAAUCACAGCAGCCCCGCCCCCUCACCCUGGGGCUCCCCACCCGCCCCAGGUGAUGCUGCUGCACCCACCCCAGAGCCAUGGGGGCCCCCCCCAAGGCGCGGUGCCCCAGAGUGGGGUGCCUGCACUCUCAGCUUCCACACCCUCACCCUACCCCUACAUCGGACACCCCCAAGCUCCCCUUCCACCCCCCGGGGAACUGAAGAUUGUCCUGGCCGCGACCUGA